UUUAGCUGGCCCGACUCCGGAGCUUCGUUAAGUCCCGACAGCCAAACUCAAUGUGGGACACCGCUGUAGUUAAAGGGACAGUAACGUAAAGUGAGUUCGAGGUGUGUCGGACCGUCACAUCCCACAGACCGACCUACCGUAAAGACAUUAUUUAAGCGCCAGCUAGCUAGCUGAGCAGCAUGCUCUCCAUCACGGGCUCUCUCCUCCACAGCUACCGUGUCGUCCACAGAGUCCGGCUGCUGCACACUUCUAGCAUCGUCAAAAUGCCGAUUCAGGUUGGUGAACAUCUUCCUGCAGUGGAGGUCCAGGAGGGGGAGCCUGGAAAUAAGGUCUCGAUGGAUCAGCUCUUUAAGGGGAAGAGGGGAGUCCUCUUCGCUGUACCUGGAGCUUUUACCCCUGGCUGUUCCAAAACUCACCUUCCUGGAUUCGUGCAGCAGGCUGGGGACUUGAGGAGUAAAGGUGUACAAGAGGUCGCAUGCAUUUCUGUCAAUGAUGCAUUUGUCAUGGCUGCGUGGGGAAAGGAGCAUGGAGCAGGUGACAAGGUUCGCAUGCUGGCUGAUCCUACUGGAGCAUUUACAAAGGCAGUGGACCUGCUUCUUGAGAGUGAACAGAUUGUGCAGGUACUUGGGAACAAGCGAUCCAAGAGAUAUUCCAUGCUGGUUGAGGAUGGAGUUGUGAAGAAGAUCAAUGUGGAGCCUGAUGGCACAGGGCUGACCUGCAGCCUGGCUUCCAACAUUCUGUCCGAGCUGUAGGCUUAUUCAUUCAAAGUUUAUUAAACCAAAUUACACACCCUAAGUUACUGUGAGAGUUGCACUUAAAAUACCCAGUAUUACCCGUUAAACCUUGCUCCUUUCCUCAAAGAUGGAUGCAAAUGUCAUGCGGAUGCUAGCAUCGGAGCUUGAAGGUUAAUUAAUGCGCACAACUAUGACAUGAAUGGCAAUCCUAAGGACUAUGCAUCUGUGUAUACUGUUCCAUAUGAGUAAAUAAACUUCCCCCUGAAAGCAAUAA